UGUACAGAUUUAUCACUUCCAGUGAAGCAUUUCUGACGGAAUUUGGUUUUUGAGGUUAGUGUCAGAUCGAGUUUUGCUGGACCUGUAGACUACAUUGUGUUUGGAGGGAUCGGAAUUGUGAUAUGUUGGCGAUGUUUUGUUGAAGCGAAUUGAGGGGUUGGGACUGGAUUUGGAGCUUGGAAGUUCGUUUUUGUUCGAUUAGGGUGACUUGUUUUUUUCAGUUAUCUUACAAUUUUUUUUAUUUAACUGAACAUUUAAGAUUUUUUUUGAGGAUACUAUAGUUUGGAGAUGAUGUUGGAGUGAUUUUGAUGUUGAUGUGGUGAUGGUGUGAUUGAUCAGUAAGGAGCCACUAUUUGGGGUCUAUUGUUGGUGGUGUGUGUUUGGCAAGCUAUAUUUGUAUGUUAUGCUCCUCUCCAUAGUGGGACCUUGUGGAAAGCUUAAUUCACUUUUGUCAAGAAAAAGAGGAGAAAAGGUUUAGCUUUUUGAUCCAAUUAUUAGAGCCCGAUCAUAUUGAAGAAUUUGGUCGAAGGGAAGCAGUUAAAAGAAUGACACAGAGGGCUAACGGUUCUUUGCCAUCUCUUCAGUCAAUCAAAUCUUUGCCUCUGGAUGCUAGAUUUGUGCAUUCUGCUUCCUUAAAGAAACCUGAUGUGGUGAAUCAGAAAGGUUAUAGGAUGGCAUCAGAUAUGGUUGCAGAUAAUGGAGAAUUCUUCGCUGAGGUUAAUGGCAUUUCUAAUGAGGACAAUGACGAAUCCCCUUACAGAAGUUUUAGCUUUUCUGCUGAUGAAAGGCCUUCUGCAGUUGAUGAUGAUCUGAAUGUCACUACUUACCCUUCACGAUCGGUUGCCCCAACUAGUGCUGAGUCAAAGUGGAGUGAUAACAAGUUCUAUGCAGCCAAGAAGGUCCGUUCUUGGUUACAACUUCCGGAUGGAAACUGGCAGCUAGUAACAAUCAUAUCCACCUCUGGAACUGAGUCAGUGAUAUCAUUCUCUGAUGGAAGAGUGCAAAAUGUGAAAUCUGAAAAUCUGCUACCAGCUAAUCCAGACAUCCUUGAUGGGGUGGAUGAUCUUAUGCAACUAAGUUAUCUGAAUGAGGCAUCAGUUCUGUAUAAUCUUCAGUACCGGUACAAUAGAGAUAUCAUAUACUCAAAAGCUGGACCUGUUCUUGUUGCGAUUAAUCCCUUCAAGAAUGUUCCAUUGUAUGGGAAUGAUGACAUUGAAACAUAUAAGCGUAAAUCCUCUGAUAGCCCACAUGUGUAUGCUAUCACAGAUACAGCAAUGAGGGAGAUGGUUCGAGAUGAAGUAAAUCAGUCUAUUAUUAUAAGUGGAGAAAGUGGAGCAGGCAAGACUGAGACAGCAAAGAUUGCAAUGCAAUACUUGGCUGCACUUGGAGGUGGCAGUGGAAUUGAGUAUGAAAUUCUGAAAACAAAUCCCAUAUUGGAGGCCUUUGGAAAUGCAAAAACAUUAAGGAAUGAUAACUCAAGUCGAUUUGGAAAGCUGAUUGAAAUCCAUUUUAGUGAGACUGGAAAGAUAUCUGGUGCAAAUAUUCAGACUUUUCUACUUGAAAAGUCAAGAGUGGUCCAGUGCACAGAGGGAGAAAGGUCAUAUCAUAUCUUUUAUCAUCUCUGUUCGGGAGCUCCACCUGCACUAAGGGACAAAUUAAAUUUGAAGGGAGCUUAUGAGUAUAAAUAUUUGAGACAAAGUAAUUGCUUCUCAAUUUCUGGGGUUGAUGAUGCCGAACAAUUUAAAUUUGUCACAGAAGCUUUAGAUGUUGUCCAUGUUAGCAAGGAAGACCAGGAAAGUGUAUUCUCAAUGCUAGCAGCAGUGUUAUGGCUGGGGAACAUAUCCUUUACGGUUAUUGACAGUGAAAACCAUGUUGAACCUGUUGAUGAUGAAGGUCUGAUUACUGUUGCUACUUUAUUGGGAUGUGAGGUUGAGGCAUUAAAACUAGCUUUGUCAACACGAAAAAUGAGAGUUGGAAAAGAUAAUAUAAUUCAAAAGCUGACGGCAUCUCAGGCCAUUGAAACAAGAGAUGCGUUGGCAAAAUCAAUUUAUUCUUGCUUAUUUGAUUGGUUGGUUGAACAAAUAAAUAAGUCACUUGCAGUUGGAAAACGUCGAACUGGGAGAUCUAUUAGCAUUCUUGAUAUUUAUGGUUUUGAAUCAUUUGAGAGGAAUAGCUUUGAGCAGUUUUGUAUUAAUUAUGCCAAUGAAAGAUUGCAGCAGCACUUUAAUCGCCACUUAUUCAAGUUGGAACAAGAGGAAUACAUCCAAGAUGGCAUUGACUGGACAAAAGUCGAUUUUGAUGACAACAAAGAUUGCCUAAAUCUUUUUGAGAAGAAACCACUUGGAUUGUUAUCUCUUUUAGAUGAGGAGUCCACCUUUCCAAAUGGCACCGACAUGACAUUUGCCAAUAAACUCAAGCAGCAUUUAAAUUCUAAUCCUUGUUUCAAAGGCGAUCGAGAGAAGUCUUUUACAGUAUCCCAUUACGCAGGCGAGGUAACAUAUGACGCAUUUGGUUUUCUUGAGAAGAACCGUGAUUUACUCCACUUGGAUUCCAUUCAACUUCUAUCUUCUUGCAAGUGCCACCUUCCUCAGAUAUUUGCAUCUAAUAUGUUAACUCAAAGCGAGAAGCCUGUUGUUGGGCCCUUGUACAAAUCAGGGGGAGCAGAUUCUCAGAAAUUAAGCGUUGCCACAAAGUUCAAGGGUCAACUGUUCCAAUUGAUGCAACGCCUAGAGAGCACAACACCCCAUUUUAUACGUUGUAUAAAGCCUAACAGCUUUCAAUCUCCUGGAAAGUAUGAUCAAGGACUCGUAUUGCAACAGCUGCGAUGUUGUGGUGUCUUAGAAGUAGUUCGAAUAUCGAGAUCUGGAUUUCCUACUAGAAUGUCCCAUCAAAAGUUUGCUAGAAGAUAUGGAUUUCUUCUAUCGGACCAUGUUGCAUCACAAGAUCCACUUAGUGUCUCAGUUGCAAUACUCCAUCAGUUCAACAUUCUGCCUGAUAUGUAUCAGGUUGGAUACACCAAGCUGUUCUUCCGAACAGGGCAGGUUGGGGUGCUUGAGGAUACUAGAAAUCGCACCCUCCACGGUAUCUUGCGUGUUCAAAGCUCCUUUAGAGGUCAUCAAGCCCGUAGUUACCUGAAACACUUGAAGAGAGGAGUUACAACUCUUCAGUCAUUUGUUCGUGGUGAGAAAACAAGAAGAGAAUAUGCAAUCUCAUUACAGAAACAUAGAGCAGCUGUUUGUAUACAGAAACAGAUAAAAGGACAGAUUCACAGGAGGACCUUCAAAAAUGUUCAUAGUGCAUCAAUCAUUAUACAAUCAGUUAUCCGUGGGUGGUUGGUCAGAAGAUGCUCCGGGGAUAUAGGGCUGCUACAGUUUGGAGGCAAAAAGGGUAAUGAGUGUGAAGAGGUGCUAGUGAAGUCCUCAUUUCUAUCUGAAUUACAACGCCGCGUUUUAAGGGCUGAAGCUGCACUUAGAGAAAAAGAAGAGGAUAAUGACAUCCUACACCAGAGGCUGCAGCAGUAUGAAAACCGUUGGUCAGAGUACGAGCUGAAAAUGAAGUCAAUGGAAGAGGUUUGGCAAAAGCAAAUGAGAUCGCUGCAAUCCAGCCUGUCUAUUGCGAAGAAGAGCCUUGCUCUGGAUGAUAUGGAGAGGAACUCCGAUGCAUCAGUCAAUACAAUGAGUGACGAUAGAGAAUCAAUCCAUUUGGGAAUUGAAACAGCAGGGAGCAACAGGAACCGCGACAGCAGCAGUGGAGGAGCGAGGCCUAUGAGCGCUGGCCUGAGUGUAAUAAGCCGACUGGCGGAAGAGUUUGAGCAAAGGAGUCAAGUAUUCGGUGAUGAUGCCAAGUUCUUGGUCGAGGUCAAAUCAGGUCAGGUCGACGCUAACUUGAAUCCUGACCGUGAGCUCAGAAGGCUCAAACAAAUGUUUGAAGCUUGGAAGAAAGACUACGGAACAAGGCUAAGGGAAACCAAGGUUAUAUUGCAUAAGCUGCAGGGAAACGAAGAAAUGGUUAGUGAUAAAAUGAGAAAAAAAUGGUGGGGAAAGAGGAACAACAGCUCAAGGUUUAACUAACUAAAUUGGUAUUUGUAUGUAUGUACAUGUCAAAGCUCUCUGAUCUGCAUUUUGGACUUUUCAUCAAAAGCAUUUUUUUUUUUUUUUUUGGUUUAUGUAUUUUAUUUAUACAUCUUAUGUUAUGUUAUGAACAAUUAUUAAUCUUAUAUAAAGAAAUGUUUGUGGUGUGCUUAUCUUGAAA